CCACUACUAAUUCAAUAGGUAUUCCACUACUACCACUGAAGAUGAAUGAUGGCCCGCCUUGCUACAUUAAGGUUGUCGCAAUAGUGUUUGUAAUUUUAAUGGCUAUUGUACUCAUUUUCGCUUCCAUACAUGAUUACCAACACCCCGAUCCAAAAGCUCCGGCCUACUCCGUAGUGGACGUGCCCUUUGCAACCAUUAAUGGCAGCAGCCGUUUCACCAUCGGCGGUAACGUGACCUUCAUCCUCAACACCCGCAACCGAAACAAAAGAAAAUACACCAAUGACUACGGCACCUCCCAAGCAUCACUCUACUUUGGCGCCGCCGCGCAGGAGCUGGUUGCAAACGCCACAUUUGCGGCGUUUUUGCAGCCUCCGGGUGCCUCGAAUAACCUCACCCUCACCUUUCUUGCACCGGACGUGGCCCGUGGCGACGGCGGCUCCACGGUUGUCUUAAGGAUCACAGCUUCUCUUCGGUAUGAUGGUUACAAAACCAAUGAUGGCAAGCUUCAGGUAACUUGCAGCUUGCCCUACGACUCUUCCCAGGUGCAGGCUUUUCAUCUCCCCAACCAGUGUCACGUAGUGUACCAAUCUUGCUAUAUUACUAGAUACGGAGGAGCCCGUAGGUGUGUUUGAGGAUUUGAGGAGAUUAGACAUACUUAUUCUAGAGGCCGGGGUACGUGUAUAAUAAUCGAUCAACGGUGGCCGGAUCGGAACUAUGGAGUUAUACACUAGCUUUCGGAUUUAUUUUAUGUUCUAAUUAUUCUUAUUGUUGAUCUAUUUUGCAUUUAAGGGCAGGGUCGUCUCGACCUAUUUUUGCACUUAUAUUUGGAAUGCUUACAUUUGUCAUAAUUUUAUAAUUCUAUAGGUUGUAUUAAUAAAGUUCUGGGCAACAUAAUAUGGA